AUGGCUACAAAAUUUACUACAGAGGCUAAAUCCAAAGUUAAGAAGGCAAAACUUGAUGGACCACAAGAAAAAUACAAUACAUAUGUGACCCUGAAGGUUCAGAAUGUGAAGAGUACAACUAUUGCAGUACGGGGAAGCCAACCAUGCUGGGAGCAGGAUUUCAUGUUUGAAAUCAACCGUUUGGACCUUGGUUUAACUGUGGAAGUGUGGAACAAAGGAUUGAUCUGGGACACAAUGGUCGGUACUGUGUGGAUUCCUUUACGAAACAUACGACAGUCAAAUGAGGAGGGACCUGGUGAAUGGCUGACUCUUGACUCAGAGGUUAUAAUGACAGAUAAUGAAAUCUGUGGAACAAAAGACCCAACAUUUCACAGGAUUUUGUUGGACACUCGAUUUGAGUUACCACUUGAUAUCCCAGAAGAGGAGGCACGGUACUGGGCCAAAAAAUUGGAGCAACUGAAUGCAAUGAGGGAUCAUGAUGAUUUUGUUUUCCAAGAAGAGGAGAGACCUUUAUCCGUUCCAGGUUCGCAAUGUUGCAACUGGAGCUAUUUCGGCUGGGGAGACCAACAAAACAAUGAAGAUCCUGAUAGUGCAGUGGAUGACAGAGACAGUGAUUAUCGAAGUGAGACUAGCAACAGCAUCCCACCUCCAUAUUAUACAACUUCUCAGCCUAACGCAUCAGUCCAUCAAUACUCUAUUUCUUCACGGCAUCAGCAAAGUGGAUCACGGGAUUCUUGCACUGAUUCUAUUCACAGUUACGAGCUAGAUUAUUCAGAUCAUCAGAGACCAAUAAGACGCUAUGAUAGCGUAGAUUCUGCCACAAAUGGACGCAGUGAUCUAGAGACUGCGUCAGACUCUAGCAGGCUAACCAGUCGUCAGUAUUCCCUUGAAAGUAGGCAGUCCCUAGAUCUGUCGGAUAGUCCAACAGGUAGCAGCAGGUAUGCUUCAUCGGCAGAAUUGAGCCAGGGCAGCUCCCAGCUCAGUGAGGAUUUUGAUCCAGAUAAUGAAAGCCUGCAAUGCUCAGACAUUGAUGAUGAACGCGAUGGGGAUUCUUAUCACUCCUGCCACAGCUCAGUGAGCUGUCAGAAAGAAUCCUUGGACUGGGACAAAGAAGAUAAUGAACCACUAGAGAUUUAUAGUGAACCUGAUGAAUUCCAGAAGGAGGAGGAGGAAAUUUAUGAGGAGAAACCUAAAGAGGAGGAAGAAGUCACUGUUCCAGUUGAAAUCCCACCCGAAACUGAGAUAGCUUCAGAGCAGGUUGAAGAAAAACCACUAGAAAUUUACAGAAAUGAGGAGGAAGAACAUUCUAAUAUAUCGAGGGCCAAAGCCAAUUGGAUCCGAGCUUUUAACAAAGUUCGCAUGCAGAUUCAAGAAGCACAACUUGGGGAAGGGGUUGGUGAUCUUCCCAAACCUCUUUGGUUUAAAGGAGGGGGAGCAGCGGUUAAAUUUCUACGUAGCAUUGACAGCAUGCCUGACAUUAAGCCUCGGCGUAAAUCCCUCCCACUGGUCAGCGACCUGGCUAUGUCUUUGGUGCAAUCCAGAAAAGCUGGCAUUACUUCUGCACUUGCAACUCGUACUCUUAAUGAUGAAGAACUGAAAAACCAUGUUUACAAGAAGACCUUGCAAGCCUUAAUCUACCCUAUUUCUUGCACAACACCACACAAUUUUGAAGUGUGGACAGCAACUACUCCCACAUAUUGCUAUGAAUGCGAAGGCUUGUUGUGGGGAAUUGCGCGCCAGGGAAUGCGUUGCACUGAAUGUGGGGUCAAAUGUCAUGAAAAGUGCCAAGAUCUUCUCAAUGCAGAUUGCUUGCAGCGUGCUGCUGAAAAGAGUUCAAAACACGGAGCAGAAGAUCGAACACAAAAUAUUAUCAUGGUUCUAAAAGAUCGAAUGAAAAUCAGAGAAAGAAAUAAGCCAGAAAUCUUCGAGCUCAUCCAGGAGGUAUUUGGACUUCCAAAAUCAGUGCACGCACAACAGAUGAAGGCAAUUAAACAAAGUGUACUGGAUGGUACAUCGAAGUGGUCAGCAAAAAUCAACAUCACGGAAAAAAAGACUUUAUUUUGUUUCAGUGAAUGUCACAACUCCUCUGAUCGAAUAAAAGUACGAGUCUGGGAUGAAGAUGAUGACAUUAAAUCACGAGUAAAACAGAGGUUUAAGCGGGAAUCUGAUGAUUUUUUGGGGCAGACCAUCAUUGAAGUUCGAACCCUCAGUGGAGAAAUGGAUGUAUGGUAUAACCUAGAUAAGCGUACUGAUAAAUCUGCAGUGUCUGGUGCCAUCCGGUUACAUAUUAGUGUGGAGAUAAAAGGAGAAGAGAAAGUAGCACCCUACCAUGUUCAGUACACAUGUCUACAUGAGAAUCAAUUUCAUUACCUGACAGAUAUACAAAAUAAUGGAGUGGUGAAGAUUCCAGAUGCAAAAGGAGAUGAUGCCUGGAAGGUUUAUUUUGAUGAAACUGCUCAAGAAAUAGUGGAUGAGUUUGCAAUGCGAUUUGGUGUGGAAUCCAUCUACCAGGCUAUGACGCAUUUUGCCUGCCUGUCUUCAAAGUACAUGUGCCCUGGAGUACCAGCUGUAAUGAGUACUCUGUUGGCAAAUAUCAAUGCUUACUAUGCGCAUACCACUGCCUCUACCAAUGUAUCUGCCUCUGAUCGUUUUUCAGCUUCCAAUUUUGGGAAAGAGAGAUUUGUAAAACUUUUAGACCAACUGCACAAUUCUCUUCGUAUUGAUUUGUCAAUGUAUAGGAAUAAUUUCCCAGCAAGCAGUCCUGAAAGGCUACAAGAUUUGAAGUCUACAGUUGAUCUUUUAACCAGUAUAACCUUCUUUCGAAUGAAGGUUCAGGAACUGCAGAGCCCACCACGGGCAAGUCAGGUAGUGAAAGAUUGUGUAAAGGCUUGUCUGAAUUCCACUUAUGAGUAUAUCUUCAAUAACUGCCAUGAACUGUACAGUCGAGAAUAUCAAACAGAUCCAAAUAAAAAAGCUGAAGUUCCCCCAGAGGAACAAGGGCCAAGCAUUAGAAAUUUAGACUUUUGGUCCAAACUUAUCACACUCAUUGUUUCAAUCAUAGAAGAGGACAAGAAUUCAUAUACGCAUUGCCUCAAUCAGUUUCCACAGGAGCUGAAUGUGGGAAAGAUAAGUGCAGAAGUGAUGUGGAACCUUUUUGCACAGGACAUGAAAUAUGCAAUGGAAGAACAUGAGAAGCACAGACUCUGCAAAAGUGCAGAUUACAUGAAUCUACACUUCAAAGUGAAGUGGCUGUACAACGAGUAUGUAAAAGACUUGCCAGCUUUUAAGAAUUCAGUCCCAGAGUACCCCGCCUGGUUUGAACCAUUUGUUAUACAAUGGUUGGAUGAAAAUGAAGAAGUAUCAAGAGACUUUCUGCAUGGAGCACUGGAAAGAGACAAGAAGGAUGGUUUCCAACAAACAUCAGAGCAUGCUCUUUUCUCUUGUUCUGUGGUGGAUGUGUUCUCACAAUUGAACCAGAGUUUUGAAAUAAUUAAGAAGCUGGAGUGCCCUGAUCCUCAGAUAGUGGGGCAUUAUAUGAAAAGAUUUGCUAAGACUAUCAGUAAUGUGCUGCUGCAGUAUGCUGAGAUAAUUGCUAAGGAUUAUGCAUCACAUUGUUCAAAGGAGAAAGUGCCGUGUAUUCUAAUGAACAAUAUCCAGCAGCUUCGAGUACAACUGGAGAAGAUGUUUGAAGCAAUGGGAGGAAAAGAUUUGAAUGCUGAAGCCAGUGACAUCUUAAAAGAGCUGCAAAUCAAACUGAAUAAUGUGCUGGAUGAUCUCAGCAGGGUUUUUGCAUUAAGUUUUCAGCCUCACAUUGAAGAAUGUGUGAAACAGAUGGGAGAUAUUCUGAGCCAGGUGAAAGGAACAGGAAAUGUCCCUGCCAGCGCUUGUAACAGUGUGGCUCAGGAUGCUGAUAAUGUUCUCCAACCACUCAUGGACCUGCUGGAUAGCAAUUUGACACUCUUUGCAAAAAUCUGUGAGAAAACUGUGUUGAAACGUGUCUUAAAAGAAUUAUGGAGGAUUGUAAUGAACACAAUGGAGAAAACUAUUGUCUUGCCACCUUUAACUGAUCAAACAGGCACGCAGCUUAUUUUUAAUGCUGCAAAAGAACUGGGGCAGCUUUCAAAGCUAAAGGAUCACAUGGUCAGAGAAGAAGCAAAAAGUCUUUCCCCCAAGCAAUGUGCUGUAGUGGAACUUGCACUAGAUACUAUUAAGCAAUAUUUCCAUGCUGGCGGAGUUGGCCUGAAGAAGACCUUUUUAGAAAAGAGCCCAGAUCUGCAGUCUCUACGGUAUGCUCUGUCACUGUACACGCAGGCCACUGACACCCUUAUUAAAACGUUUAUCCUGUCUCAGUCAUCUCAGGGACCUGGUGUGGAUGAUCCAGUAGGAGAAGUGUCCAUUCAUGUGGAACUUUUCACUCAUCCAGGAACUGGAGAGCAUAAGAUCACAGUUAAAGUUGUGGCUGCUAAUGAUCUAAAGUGGCAAACAACUGGUAUCUUCCGUCCAUUUGUUGAAGUUAACAUAAUUGGACCUCAUCUUAGUGACAAGAAGAGGAGGUUUGCCACUAAAUCCAAAAACAAUAGCUGGGCUCCAAAAUUCAAUGAAACCUUUCAAUUGUAUGUAUCCUUUCAAGCUCUAGUUUGUAAAAUGUGUACCUCAUAUAAUUUGAUUGUUGCAAAUGCUUUGACGAUUGUUAUAAGUUGAUGUCCACCAUCCAAGAUAGAAAAUCCAUGGAACCAAAUCAUUGCAUGUUGUUUCUAAAUAGUUAAGUAGCAGCCUAGUCUUAAUUAUGUAAUAUCACUCAAUUCUCUGGGAUUAUUGUCACUUGUACAAUUGUCCAAGUCUUCCGGGUGCACAUUUUCAGUCGAUAUAGGAACAGAGAGAAGAAAAUUGCCCAAAGGUGAAAUUUUAAAUGACAAGUAUAUGAUGAUUU